GCCCACUCUUGGCUGCCUUUGGGGCCAAAGCUCCCUGUGGAGGCAGAGUCAGCAAAUUGCCUUCCCCAGCAGGAACAUUUACAGGCCUUAAGGCCUGUGUUCAGCUGCAGCAGAGCCUAGAAGUCGUCUGCGUUUCCUGGGUUCAAGAACAAGGCAGGAGGCAACGACAUGAGGCUGUGGCUAAGAGGCCUGGUCCUCCAGGCUCUGAGGAGCACCCGGGGAGUCUGUGGUUCUUGUGGGCAGCCACCACCUCUGCCUGUCCCUCAGAAGAUUGUAGCCACCUGGGAAGCCAUCAACCUGGGGAGGCAGCCAGUGCCUGAGUACUUCAACUUUGCCCGUGACGUGCUGGACGUGUGGACUCAGCUGGAAAAGGCUGGGCACCGGCCCCCGAACCCUGCUUUCUGGUGGGUCGAUGGCUUGGGAGCAGAGGUCAAGUGGAGCUUUGAGGAGCUGGGGGUGCAGUCCAGAAAGGCGGCUAACGUGCUAGGGGGCGUGUGCGGUCUGCAGCCUGGGGACAGAAUGAUGCUGGUGCUCCCGCGGCUCCCAGAAUGGUGGCUGGUCAGCGUGGCUUGUAUGCGCACAGGGGCCGUCAUGAUUCCAGGUGUCUCUCAGCUGACGGAGAAGGACCUCAAGUAUCGGCUGCAGGCUUCCAGGGCCAAGUCCAUUAUCACCAGUGACUCCCUGGCUCCGAGGAUAGACGCCAUUAGCGCCGACUGCCCCUCCCUCCAGACCAAGCUGCUGGUGUCAGACAGCAGUCGGCCAGGCUGGAUGAACUUUAGGGAGCUUUUCCGGUAA